CCUGCCCUGGGCAUCAGCAAAAUUCCCCUUUUUCCUGCCUCCUCCCAGCCAACUCUCAGCAGAGGGCCCAGCACAAGCAAAUGUCCAGAGGCGGGAAGACCAGGAUAGAUGGGAAGCUGCCGGGGGGGAGGAAGCGGAGCUGGGGGCCCUGGGCCAAAUUUGAUGAGUCAGGCCCUGGCAGGGGAGGCUCACGGACCCAGCAGGGCUCAGGGCCAUACCUGGCAGGCCAGGGGAGCCAGGUGGGGACGUGGAGGCAGCGGAAUGGUCCCACUUUAAGUACACCUAAGAUGUAGAAAGCACGUUUUUGUUGGUUUAACAAAACUGGGCUCCUGCACCACCCAACCCCUAGGCAGUGUGUAAGGGGCUGCAGAGACUCCCGGGGCCCACUUACAGCAUGCUGGUGGGGUAGAGGACUAACAGAACCUAAAGGUUGAAAGUGGCACAAGUGAUUUGUUGCUCCGGGACCCCCCUCACCCAACAGGGUAGAUGUUGAAGCCACCAUCUCACAGAGCCAGUAUCCACUUCCCACACAUUUAGGGACUGUGUGUGUGUAUGUGUGUGUGUGUGUGUGUGUGUGUGUGUAAAUUUUUUUAAUCGAGGUAUAGUUAGUUUACAACAUAUUGUUACUUUCCGCUGAAGAGAAAAGUGAUUCAGUAUGUAUAUACAUAUAUACAUACACAUUCUUUUCUUAAUAUUCGUUUCCAUUAUGGCUUAUCAGAAUAUCUAAUAUAGCUCCCUGUGCUCUACAAUAGGACCUUGUUUAUCCAUUCUGUAUGUAAUAGUCUGCAUCUGCUAACCCCAACCUCUCACUCUAUCCCUUUCCCACCCCACUCCCCUUUGGCAACCACAAGUCUGUUCUCUAUGUCUGUGAGCCUGUUUCUGUUUCAUGUCAUAUUUGUGUCACAUUUUAGAUUCCACAUAUAAGUGAUAUCAUAUGAUAUUUGUCUUUCUUUUCCUGACUUACUUAGUAUUAUAAUCUCUAAUUCCAUCCAUGUUGCUGCAAAUGGCAUCAUUUUGUUCCUUUUUAUGGCUGAGUAGUAUUCCAGUGUAUAUACAUACCACAUCUUUAUGCAUUCAUCUGUUGAUGGACAUUUAGGUUGUUUCCAUGUCUUGGUUAUGAACAUAGGGAUGCAUGUAUCUUUUUUUUAAAGAACUUUUAUUGAGAUACAGUUGACAUACAAUAAACCGCAUAUAUUUAGAGUGUAUUACUUGGUAUCACAGUCUCCCAAUUCGUUCCCCCCCAACCCUCCCCGCCUUCCCCACUUGGUUUCCAUAUGUUUGUUCUCUACAUCUGUGUCUCUGUUUCUGCCUUGCAAACUGGUUGAUUUGUACCAUUUUUCUAUAUUCCACACAUAUGUAUUAAUAUAUUUGUUUUUCUCUUUCUGACUCACUUCACUCUGUAUGACAGUCUCUAGGUCCAUCCAUGUCUCUACAAAUGUCCCAAUUUCAGUCCUUUUUACAGCUGAGUAACAUUCCAUUGUAUAUACAUACCACAUCUUUUUUAUCCAUUCGUCUGUUGAUGGACAUUUAGGUUGUUUUGGCUAUGAACAUAGGGGUGCAUGUAUCUUUUUGAAUUUUAGUUUUGUCUGGAUAUAUGCCCAGGAAUGGGGUUGCUGGAUCAUAUGAACUUUAUUUUUAGUUUUUCAGGAACCUUCAUACUGUUUUCCAUAGUGGCUGCACCAACUUACAUUCCCCCCAACAGGGUAGGAGGGUUUCCUUUUCUCCACAUCCUCUCCAGCAUUCGUUAUUUGAUAACUUUUUUUUUUCUUUUUUCUUUUUUUUGACUGUGUUGUGUCUUUGUUGCUGCACACAGGCUUUCUCUAGUUCUGGCAAGCGGGGACUACUCUUCAUUGCAGUGCGUGGGCUUCUCAGUGCAGUGCCUUCUCUUGUUGUGGAGCAUGGGCUCUAGGCGUGCAGGCUUCAGUAGUUGCAGCACACAGGCUCAGUAGUUGUGGCAUGCGGCCCUAGAGGGCACAGGCUUUAGUAGUUGUGGCACACAAGCUCAGUAUCUGUGGCUCAUGGGCUCAGUAGUUGUGGCUCAUGGGCUCUAGAGCACAGGCUCAGUAGUUGUGGCACCCGGGCUUAGUUGCUCUGUGGUAUGUGGGAUCUUCCCAGAGCAUGGAUCAAACCCGUGUCCCCUGCAUUGGCAGGCAAAUUCUUAACAACUCCACCACCAGGGAAGUCCCUAUUUGAGGACUUCUUAAUGAUGGCCAUUCUGACUGGUGUGAGGUGGCACCUCAUUGUUUAGAUUUGCAUUUCUCUAAUAAUUAGCAAUGUUGAGUGUCCUUUCAUGUGCCUGUUGGCCAAUCAGUAUGUCUUCUUUGGAGAAAUGUCUAUUUAGUUCUUCUGCUCAUUUUUUGACUGGAUUGUUUGUUUUUUUGUUGUUGAGUUGCACGAGCUGUUUGUAUAUUUUGGAGAUUAAUCCUUUGUUGGUCCCAUCAUUUGCAAAUACCUUCUCCCAGUCUGUAGGUUGUCUUUUCAUUUUGUUUAUGGUUUUCUUCGUUGUGCAAAAGCUUUUAAGUUUGAUUAGGUCACAUUUGUUCAUUUUUGCUUUUAUUUCUAUUGCUUUGGGAGACUGACCUGAGAAAAUACUGAUACAAUUUACAUCAGAAUGUUUUGCCUAUGUUCUCUUCUAGGAAUUUUAUGGUGUCAUGUCUUAUGUUUAAGUCUUUAAGCAUUUUGAGUUUAUUUGUGUGUAUGGUGUGAGGGUGUGUUCUAACAUCGUUGAUUUACAUGCACCUGUCCAACUUUCCCCACACUUCAGUGUUCAGUAUCUGGGGCCCUGGCAUCCCUGGGUCUGCAAGAGUUGAGUAUUAACACAGCCAGGUUUCCAGGGAGUCCAGUCACGAGGGGGCCUUGAGAGCCCAGGAUUUGGGUCUUUUGAUGGAAGGUGGCAAAUCUCCAGAGGCUGAAGCUCAACACUACAUGCUCAGUUGAACCACUUCCACUCAGCAGCACGUCCUGUCCCAUCUGAACCCCCACAGAGACCUCUGACCCCUAAGCUGAGGCAGGCAUGCCCUGGAGAUAUCCCUAGGCAAGUCCCGGAGCACUGACAAGGAACAGAAGAGGAGUGGGGCUCAUCUGCUGCUCCCCUGGGAAUGCCAGACCUGCUCUGGAACUCAGUUUUCCCAUCUGAUCCCAGGCCCGCAAAACAUGCCCUGGAAGAGCCUGGCCACCUCCGGAGGUCAGACGGGUGCACUCAAAUCCAUGGGUACAUACAGACACAGGCAUGUGCAAGUGUGCACACACACAGGCAGACACACGCCUAAAUGCACAUGCACACAGGCAAGCACACACUCACGCAGGCACUGCACACAUAUAUACACCUAUACAUUCAUGCACACACGUACACGUUAGCCCACAUAAGCACAAUAAAGUACACAAACACAUAUGCACGUGAAGAGAAAUGCAGAAAAGCACAUCCAUGCACGUGCACACACAGUACACAAACAGGCAAGAUACACACAUGCAUUCACAAAGGCAUAAACACACAGACAUAAACACGCAAAUAUACACAGACAAAUAUGUCAUGUCAUUGCCUUGUUUGGUGCCAGUAAAGGAUGCACGCACACACCCUGUACACAGAGCAGAUAUGCACACCCACCCAAUCCGCUGGAAACAUGGAGGCAUGUAGAGGCCUCACCCAGGUCAGAUCCAGCCUUCGGUAGAGGGCAAAUGCAAUGUCCACCUUUCCCUCUUGACUCCCUGUUGAGCAUGGAAUCCUGGUCCAGUCACCAGCCUUUCUCAAUCACCUCCUGUGUGACCCUCUGAGCCUCCACUUCCUCAUCAGUAAAAUGAUGUGGGUGCCCAUUCGCCAGGGCUGGUGUGAGCUAGGUAAGGAGCAGUGCUGAGCUCAGUGCUGGACAGGGGUCAGGUGCUUCUUGCUUGCUUUUCCCUCUACUCCCUGCUGCCAGGCCCACCGCCCAUUGCUGCCACCCCCGGAACUUGAGGCCUUCUCCUCCCCCUUCUGAGCCUGGACCCUAUGGAACAUCUCUCCCUGCUCUGGAGCAGGGGCUGGACUAUCACCAGGGUCUCUCCCAGAGGGUUUGGGGAGUGGCAUACAGGGGUGCAGAGUCAGCAGUUGAGGGAUUGGGGCCAUGCCAGCCUGCUUAGGAGGGCUGGGGGCUGAGCUGGAUUCACCUGUCCUUGUCUCUGAUUGGCUUUCGGAUACCAACAAGCCCCAAAUCCUACUAAGCAGCCCCAACAGGGCCUGCACAGGUCUGUGGACAGCCAGUUGAUUGCCAGUUCUGGGGUCAGAAGGGUGUCUGGGGAGGCCAGAGGCUGGCCUGAGCCUGGCUUUGGGGAUCUUCUCCAUCCAGAAGAGCCAACUGACCACCUUGUUUCUUCACCUCCUGCCGGGACCAUGGGGGCUGGGGCCAGUGCUGAGGAGAAGCAUUCAAGGGAGUUGGAAAAGAAGCUGAAAGAAGAUGCUGAGAAGGAUGCUCGAACCGUGAAACUGCUGCUUCUGGGUGCCGGUGAGUCCGGGAAGAGUACCAUUGUCAAGCAGAUGAAGAUUAUCCACCAGGAUGGGUACUCGCUGGAAGAGUGCCUCGAAUUCAUUGCCAUCAUCUAUGGCAACACGCUACAGUCCAUCUUGGCCAUCGUGCGCGCCAUGACCACGCUCAACAUCCAGUACGGAGACUCUGCGCGUCAGGACGAUGCCCGGAAGCUGAUGCACAUGGCGGACACCAUCGAGGAGGGCACGAUGCCCAAGGAAAUGUCAGACAUCAUCCAGCGGCUGUGGAAGGACUCGGGUAUCCAGGCCUGUUUCGACCGCGCCUCGGAGUACCAGCUCAACGACUCCGCUGGCUACUACCUCUCAGACCUGGAGCGCCUGGUAACCCCGGGCUACGUGCCCACUGAACAGGACGUGCUGCGCUCGCGUGUCAAGACUACGGGUAUCAUUGAGACGCAAUUCUCUUUCAAGGACCUCAACUUCCGGAUGUUCGAUGUGGGCGGGCAGCGCUCAGAGCGCAAGAAGUGGAUCCACUGCUUCGAGGGUGUGACCUGCAUCAUCUUCAUCGCGGCGCUGAGCGCCUACGACAUGGUGCUGGUGGAAGACGACGAAGUGAACCGCAUGCACGAGAGCCUGCACCUCUUCAACAGUAUCUGCAACCACCGCUACUUCGCCACCACGUCCAUCGUGCUCUUCCUUAACAAGAAGGACGUUUUCUUCGAGAAGAUAAAGAAGGCGCACCUCAGCAUCUGUUUUCCGGACUACAAUGGGCCCAACACGUAUGAGGACGCGGGCAAUUACAUCAAGGUGCAGUUCCUCGAGCUCAACAUGCGACGCGACGUGAAGGAGAUCUAUUCCCACAUGACAUGCGCCACCGACACACAGAACGUCAAGUUUGUCUUCGACGCUGUCACCGACAUCAUCAUCAAGGAGAACCUCAAAGACUGCGGCCUCUUCUGAGGUGCCUGAACUCAUGCGUUCCUGAGACCCUGUAGCCCUUGCCACCUUGUAGACCCAAUCCACAUGACCCUAUCCGCCCGCCAGGACUCCUGGGCCCCAGGCUGUGGCCUCCACCAGUCACAGACUCAAAGCCCUAAGCCCUGCUAGCCUUGAGGCCCUAGCCCUCCCCCAUGGCUCCCAGGCCUCCCAGAGUCCAGUGUCCCCAGCCACCCCAGCACUGCCCUUCACGGCCUGGCAGCACUGGCCUGCAAGACCCACCACAGCCAGCCGCAGCUAGGAGCACGCAGGACUUGGUGCAGCUGCAGCUCACGGUGACUCAGCAGUACCCCACUGACCAAUCUCCUGCUGCUCUCCUGCCCCAGGAGGCCCGUGACUCACCUGGUGGGUCUGGGUUCAGCAAACAACCCUCCCUCCCAGGGCUCCAUGAAGGGCAGGGGGACAGGCCAGGGAGCCCUCCUCCAAGCAGGCCUGCUGCUUACCACCAGCCCAUUGUAGCUUUACCACGUCCAUGUGACAAGUGUGACGCCCACCUGCCCAGUGGCCAGUGACUGCCCCGCCCAGCAGUUUCAGGGUCCAAGCAGUUUCAAAGUGCAAGCCAGCUCUGGCCUGUGCAGCUCAGACAGAGAGCAGUUAGUGAGUGUGGGCAAGCCUGGGAGCUCCUGGUACCAGGAAGAGACUCAAUCUGGACCCUUCCCCACAUAUCCUAGCCUCUUCCCCGACAGGCUCUGCCCCCUCCAUCCUUGGACACUGGAUUCAUGUCCUACUCACUCACCCACACACAGUACUCCAGGCCAGUCUGUCGAGGGAGGAUACUGUUGACACCAGCUGUGGCCAAUGGUCGAAUUGUCCUGAGGGGUGGCUGGGGGCAGAGUCCGGCUCCCAUCGAUCAGCCCCAGGCAGAGGAUUUGGGACAGGAAGGAGGCCCAGAUUGUGCCCAGAGGGGUCUGCCUCAGGUACGGUCAUAAGCAAACCCAGGUCACCCUCUUGUCCCUGCCAGCAGCUUUUCUCACCCUUCCCAUGCAGGGCCCAUUCCCUGGGGGGAAAAACCGAGGGCCGCGCCUGAACCAUCAGUGACAAAGGCCCAUGUCCCCAUACCCCUGCUCCCUACUUCCUCAUCAACCACCAAGUCCUUGCUAAGGCCCAUUGGCCAGGGCCUGUGCUGUAGUUGAGGGCAAGGAGCAUGUGUCUAACAAGGCCAGGGCAUAAUUUGUAAUCCCUUCAGCUAGAUACACAGACUCAGCAAUAAACCUUUGCA